CUCGCCGGCCUGAUGAAAGUCGAACUCAUUUCGUUUGUCUUGGAGAGUCAAAAUGAUCCGAAGUAUUUCGUCCCCAAUGGCGUCACACCUCUGCUUCCUCUGAAAGUUCUCAACCCUCGACGAACAAGCCGUGGCUGGUCAGUCGACUGUUUUAUUGCUCGAUUCGAGAGAUUUGAGAGGAUAUUUAAGGGCGGCUAUGAGCGAUGGCCGAAUCCAGUUGCGUGGCUGGAAGCAGAGAUAGAUAGAGAAGAAUGCCAAAAUCAGACGAUGAGACCUUGGAAAUUGGUGGUAGAGGAAGGUGAGAAGGAACCCAAGGAACCGCCUGUCAUUUGCUGGGAGACGCUGCAGCGUUUGAAGUGGUUUACUAGUGAAAACUAUUCCCAGUAUCCAAAGCCAAUGUUCCCCCUGAAGCCUCAACCUCUCAAACUCCACGAUAUUAUCAGUCCAAACUCUAUCAGCCCCAGAGAGCCAAAGAGAGCUAAAAAGGAUAGGAAGGAAAGGGAGAAAGCUGCUAAAGAAACUAUAACCACUGCUGGCCUCACAGGUAACGAUACCUCAUCUGGCUCUACGAAUCAACCAGCAACCAGAAGAGCCUGGGAUAAAAACCUCGAUGAUAUCCAUAGCGGUUAUACUGGAGACGAGUCUGAUUUGGCUUCCCCAAUUUCCCGAAAGAGGAAGUACAACGAUGAUAGCCGUCCGCAGUUCACUCACUAUAUAGAUUCUGAUGGCGAGCAGUUUCCAACUUUGAAGCAGCUGCAGCACUUGCAUCACAUAAAGCAAGAAAAAGUAGUCCGCUGUGGUCCCGAGGAAUAUCUCUGCGGUGUGUCUGGUCGGGAAGACAAAAGGGAAAAGCAGUGGCAGAAGAAGCGGGCACGUUACCAAUCAUCCCCAGCACCAAAAUUUAGAAUGCCGCCCACCAUGGACAUGACGCCGGCUCCCCGACUUGUUGAGGACAAAGAGUACCAGUUGCCCAUUCAACCUAGAUCCAACGCUAUUCCUUUCAAGACGCCAUCUUCGGGGCCAGCUCAGAAAUCAGGCAGCCGAGGAGCUCGCCGUCAUCAUAUUUUUACUACUUCGUCACAAGAGGGUGACUCUGAUAUUGAGGUUAUCCAGACUUGCGAUCUUCCUCGCCCGACAACUCUGAAGCCUCAACACAUAUCACCUACGAAGUCUUCUGCCUCCUCAAGCUCCCGCGGCAACCAUUCAAGCACCAGCAUGCAAGAGCGCCUUAACGCCUUCGAACACCAACACAAAAUCCCCAAUAAAGAGUUCAACGCAAGAUACUACGACCGACUGCGAUCCCCCUCUGCCUCCAGCCCCGAACCUCAGCAGAAUAUCCACCCGAAUGUCAUACCUGACUCGAAGUACAACAGCCACCUGCACCCAAUGUCUGGUUCUAGCCUGGAACAAGACCAACUCUAUCCUACGAUCGAGUUCUCUCCUUCUCUUCACACCAAUGAUCAUUCUCCAAGCAACAAGAGGUCUAGUCAAAGAAUUAUUGAGGUAGUUAAUUUAGAGUCUCCGGAGCCCGAGGCUAGACAAGGUGGUGCUGAGCGCAGUGGAAGUUCUCCAGCCGAACAUCGCUUCAACGUUAGCAUUGCGUCCACCGAGACAGGUUUCUCUGGCACGUCUUUCAAAUUGGAUGGUCGGCCAUAGCAGUGAGAUAUUGGCAUUCGAAUUGACGCUGCUCAGAAUUCCUCAGCUCUCGAUGUGCGCAGGAGCUCCCCAAGAAGAAACUCAGCACGCACAAAAUCACCACGAAGGAACCCCAUGUGAGGUUGAGUUAGCAGUGGACGUAAAGAUCACUUGCGACAAGAUGUCCUUCAAUCAACCGAGCUCAUCUCGAAUAUUCGAACAUUCGUUAUUUAUUUCCUUUGUCAUGGGAAAUGGGGUUGUGAAAUAUCAAAGGAUGAAUAGGACAGCGAUAUGAUGGUAUUCAAGGGGGGCGUUGCAGGUAGUUGGGUAACGAAAGCAGAUAGAUUUGAUUUUCAGCAUUAAUAAUCGUGCAGCCACGUUCUCAAUAAUAUGGACCCUUGGUAUAUUGGUGCGAAUCAGUGAUACGGUCUUUUUUCCCCCUAACAAAAAAAGCUAGAAUUAUUAAAAGCUUCACAACAUAAC